AUGUCAUUGGAGGGUAGGAACUGCUCUUCAAUUGCAACUGAUGUGAGGAAGGUUUGUAAAUGGCAACCUCCACAAGAUGGGUUCUUGAAGUUUAAUGUUGAUGGGACUAUGUUUUCAGAAUUAAAAAAGGCUGGUAUUGGACUGGUGUUAAGAGAUAGUAGAGGUGCUGUGGUGAUGGCAACAACUGUUUUUGAAAGGGAAGUAUAUGAACCUGCUACCAUCGAAUUAGUUGUUGUGUUAAGAGGGUUGCAACUGUGCUUUCCUCUCAGGAUUCCUAAACUUGCCAUUGAAUCUGAUUAUUUGCUUUUGGUACAAGCUUUGCAAACUGAGUAUGAAACCUUUUCAUCUAAUGGCAAUUUACUUAAGGGGACCAAGGCUUUAAUGAGUUACUUCCAGGAGGUUUGCAUUGAUCAUGUUAACCGAAUGGGCAAUGGAGUAUCAUACACUUUAGUUAGAUAUGCUUGGAAUGUUAGUGAUGUUCAAACGUGGUGGGGAAAUGUCCCAAACUUUGUUGAUCAUUCCUUUUGGUUUGAUCAAGUUGCUAUGUAA